GACCCAACAUUUUUUUCUCCUGUACGACCCCGUGCAACCCAGAUUUUUUUUUUUCUCCUCCAUCACCGGCGUUGUGCUAAUCUCCCCCACCACCGCCGUCGUGCUCAACUCCUCCACCACCGGUGUUGUGCAAAUCGGUCCAUUUUGGUAGACAAUUCGAUGGAGAAAGGGGAAGAAAGUACAAGGCCUACCAGCAGUGCUACAAGGCUUGCCAGCACUACUGCAAUGACACAGGAAAUACUAAGACCAUUUUAUCCAUAUUGGUCAGCAUAUAACAGCUAUAUGCAUGGUUAUCAUGAGAUGAUGCCACCUACAUUUUUCCCACCGUUUGCUCCUCGUCCAAAUUCCGACACUUAUUCAUGGAGAAACGAGCAGCCAACGGGAGUACCGUUUAGACCACCAAUUGCCUAUCCUUAUGCUCCUCCAAUUCCCUAUCCGGGAUGUUCAAGUAAUCCUAAGGACAUGACAGAACCCUCCUCAUCUACUAGGCGAUCGUUGUUUUCUUCUGAAAGCAAUACUUAUCAGGAUAACUCAAAUGUGGGAGACGAGUUCAUUGAACAAGAGUGGGUAUACACUUUAUAUAUUGAAAUUGGGUUUAUACAUUCCUUAUCCUGAUAUGUGUUAUGGGUUAAUGCAAGAGGUUGAUAAUUCAAUGGUUGAGGAAGUACCAUUGAGCAACCAUGGAAAUGACGAUGAUGGUGUUAUAGAGCCGAGGCCAGGGAUGUCAUUUCAAACUGAGCAUGAGCUUUUAGACUUCUAUAAGAAAUAUGGAAAACAGAUUGGAUUUGGCGUAAUGACCCAAAGAAGUAAAAGGGAAGACGAUGGGAGUGUUAGGUAUUUAACACUUGGUUGUGCUCGUAUUGGUAAGGCAAGGAACCGUACUUCGAAUGUUUCUAAACCAAGGUCGACAACGAAGACGGAUUGUAAGGCU